ACUGCUGCUCCAUGGAUAGUGAUGGGAGACUUUAAUGAUAUUAGGAACCCUUCUAAAGCUUCAAAUUUCCUUAGAGUUGAUGCAUCUAUGACCUUCUUUGAUCAAUGGAUUACUGACCUAGAGGAGCAUCAGGCCACUGGUCCUUGGUUUACCUAGCUAAACAAACAGGGAGCAAAUCCUAUUGCAAAGCGUCUGGAUAGAGUUUUGGUUAACUUCCUAUGGUUGGACUCAAUUAAGGACAAUAAGGUUCACUUACAAGCUCCAGGAGUAUCAGAUCACUGUCCCAUGUAUGUUGACACUGAGGCUGAAUUGAAGUCGAUUCCAAAGCCAAUUAAAUUCUUUAAAUUCUGGACUCAGCACCCAAAGUUUGACGAGUUACUGGAAGAGGCUUGGAGGAGCAAUGUUACUCUACAUCCAUUGAUUAGAGUGAGUCUGAAACUGAAGAAUUUAAAGAAUCUGUUAAGGAAGCUGAAUAUAGAAGAAUUCUCGGAUCUGUCUGAAAGAGUAAAGGAGAAGGAAAGAGAGGUUAAUGAUAUUCAGCAGCAGGUUCUUAGUGCUCCAACCACAAAUUUGUUUGAAGAAGAAAGAAAACUGGGAUUGGAAUUGAAGAUAUUGAUGGAUGUUGCGAAAACUUUUUACAAACAGAAGUCCCGUGAGAAUUGGCUUAAAACAGGAGAUAUGAACUCAGCUUUUUUUCAUCGUGCAGUGAGAGUGAAACAGAAGAGGAAUUAGGGUUCUCAAAAUGAAGCAGGGGAAAAAGUCACUGAGGUUGAAGAAAUGGCUAAGAUUGUAGUAAGGUUUUAUGAGAAAUUGUUAGGAGUUGAGGGUCCGGAGGUUGUGACUUAUUCUGAUGAGUACUAUGAAGCAUUGUUGCGAAGGAAACUUUCUGAGGAACAGACCGAUGGACUAUGUGACCCGUUCACAGAUGAGCAGAUAAAGGAAGUGAUCUUUGCAAUGGAUGGUGAUAAGAGUCCAGGUCUGGAUGGUUUCUCAGCAGCUUUCUUCCAAUAUGCCUGGCCUCUGAGUGGUCCAGAGGUAUGUUCAGCUAUCAAAUUCUGUUUUGAGCAGGAUAGAGUUCCUAGGCCUAUUAAUUCAACUAUCUUAGCUCUGAUUCCUAAAGUUGCAAACCCAUAUGAGAUGAAAAGCUUUAGGCCAAUUUCAUGUUGCAAUAUACUAUAUAAAUGCAUCUCCAAGCUUAUUGCAAAUAGGCUCAGUCCCCUUCUCCCUUCCUUGAUUAGCAAAAACCAAACAACAUUUGUCAAGGGAAGGCUAAUUGGAGAGAAUGUAUUGUUAGCUCAUGAGUUAGUUAGCAAGUACUCUCACCAGAACAUAUCUCCUAGAUGUGCUAUUAAGAUAGAUUUGAUGAAGGCAUUUGAUUCGGUUGACUGGAGAUUUAUUUUUCAAGUUCUGAGGUGUAUCAAUGUCCCUGAGAGAUUUGUGAAUUCGAUUCAGAUGUGUGUGGGAAUUCCUAUGCUCAGUGUUUUUUUUUAAUGGGGGCUUAGUGGGAUAUUUUCAAUCUAAGAAAGGGUUCAGGCAGGGAGAUCCAUUAUCUCCUUACCUCUUUUCCAUAGCAAUGGAGGUAUUCUCAUGCCUUAUUGAUAAGUCUGUUGUUGAGAGGAUCUUUCCAUAUCAUCCUAUGUGUAAAGGGGUGGCCCUUACUCAUCUCUGUUUUGCUGACGAUUCGCUAGUCUUCUCGGAUGCUUCUAACUCUGGUAUUCAGACAUUACAGAAUGUGUUGUCCCGUUUUAAGCUAAUUUAUGGUCUUAAAUCAAACCCAAGAAAAUGUGAGAUAUAUUUUGGGAUGAUUGAUAGAGAUGAAAGUAAGAUCAGAGCUGAUUGAUUUGGGUAUCAACUGGGAACUUUCCCUGUUCGUUAUUUGGGGGCGCCCCUUAUCUCAGGGAAGCUGAGUCCCUUAUCUCAGGGAAGCUAAGUCUAGCAGCCUGUAAACCUUUGAUUGAUAAACUGGUGGCUAGAGU